UAACUAUAUAUUUACGUGAUCUUUUUAUGGUAGUUGAUAUCUUUAAAUACUUGCUCAUCAUUUGACUUGAUUAUUUUUAUCAACCUCUAUGCAGUGACUAACGAGUGAAGUGUUUCUGUUCAGUUGCAUUUGAUUAGCAACAUACAAAGGAAGUGAACCUAAUAGAAUUGUAAUAAAGUGACACUUUUAUUCAUGAAUAUUUAAACGAAAAUUUGAAUCAAAUAGAUAAACUGAAAUGGAAGUGAAAGAAAAACAACAGCCUGAAACGGAGAAUUUAAAUAGAUAUCUUAAAGAUAUACUUAAAAUGCAUCAUUUUUUGCGAUUGGCUAUAUUUUUAAUUCUGCUCGGUUUAAUAAUCGUACUCAUAAGUCAAUGCCAAUGGAUUGAGAUUAAUAUAAUAUACAAAGAAGAUAUCGUAAAUCAGGAGAAUUUGAAAUACGAAUUGAUAACAGAAGAAGAUAAUGUGGAAUUUACUGCAUCAGAAACAAUAUCUAAAGUUCCAGAAAUUUUUCAAUGUGAUAAUAUUCCGCCUUCGUUACGCUUCGAUUGUCAUCCUGAGGAUGGUUCAUCCGAAUUAUCAUGCAAACAUAGGAAUUGUUGUUGGAAUCCUCGUAAUGAAGAAUUGCAUUCUAUAAAAGAUGUACCUUUGAAUAUUCCGUACUGCUAUUAUCCCAGGGGCUGGAGCCUGUAUAAGUAUGAAAAUAUCAGUAAAGAGGGAAAUGAUAUUUCUGGAUUUUUAAAGCAAAUAGGAGAAUCCUUUUACAAGGAUGAUUUACCACUUGUUAAAGUAGAAUCGAGUACUGUGGAUGAUUCUAUUCUCCGCAUAAAAUUAUACGAUCCUCUGAACAAGAGAUAUGAACCCCCAUGGCCUAUUAGAGAAGAUCCUCAGCCAUUCAUUCGGAAAAAUGUCGAUGCGAAAUAUAAAUUAGAUAUCGAUGAUACUAAGCCUGGUUUUAAAGUUUACAGAGCAUCAGAUAAUACAACCAUAUUCGAUUCCGUGGAGAUCGGAGGUUUUAUAUUUGCUGAUCAAUUUCUACAAAUAAGCGCUCUUUUGCCAACUCAUAAUAUUUAUGGUAUUGGAGAACACAAAGCAAGUUUGAAAUUAAAUACUAAUUGGCAAAUCUUUACAUUAUUUAAUAAAGAUCAGCCGCCCAUAGAGAAUGCAAACCUGUAUGGGGCUCACCCUUUCUAUUUAAUAAUGGAAGAUUCCGGGAAAUCUCAUGGGGUUCUCUUUCUCAACAGUAAUGCUAUGGAUGUGAUAUUGCAACCAUCACCCGGAAUUACUUUCCGAACUAUUGGUGGUAUUUUUGACAUAUAUUUCUUUUUGGGUCCUACCCCCGCAGAUGUUAUAAAACAGUAUUCCGAAAUAGUAGGGAAACCAAUUAUGCCUCCGUAUUGGUCCCUUGGUUUUCAUUUAUGCAGAUUCGGGUAUCGAACCUUAGAAGACACAAAAAAAGUAUGGAAUAGGACCAUAGCAGCAGGAAUACCAUUUGAUACUCAAUGGAACGAUCUAGAUUACAUGGACAAGAAUAAUGAUUUUACAUAUAGUUCAAAGAAAUUUAAAUAUUUACCAGAAUUUGUGAAUGAGCUACACUCGAGAGGAAUGCACUAUAUUCCUUUGAUCGACGCCGGUAUAUCUGGUUCUGAAACAAAAGGAUCUUAUCCGCCAUAUGAUGACGGCAUAAAAGAAGACAUAUUCGUAAAAGAUGGAACGACCGGUAAACCAUUCAUCGGCAAAGUUUGGAAUUCAGUAUCAACUGUAUGGCCUGAUUUUACGAAUCCUAAAGCGAAAGAUUAUUAUUUUCGUAUGAUGGACACUCUGCAUAAGCACUUUGCAUACGAUGGAGCUUGGAUUGAUAUGAAUGAACCAUCUAAUUUUUACAAUGGUCAAAAAGAUGGAUGCUCACAGAAUAAAUUAGAUCAUCCAAAAUAUGUACCUAAAGUUGUAGAAGGUCUGCUCGCGACGAAAACUUUGUGUAUGAAUGCUAAACAUUAUUUAGGUGUUCAUUACGAUCUUCACAAUACUUAUGGGACAAGUCACGCGAUAGCAACAAAUUAUGCAUUGACUAAGAUUAACCCGAAAAAGAGACCGUUUAUAAUAUCACGUUCAACAUGGGUGGGGCAUGGACAUUAUGCCAGUCAUUGGACAGGAGAUGUAUAUUCUUCCUGGGAUGAUUUAAAAAUGAGCAUUCCUGCAAUUCUAACAAUGAAUUUUUAUCAAAUACCAAUGGUCGGGGCUGACAUUUGCGGUUUCAAUGGGAACGCAUCAGUAGCAUUGUGUAAUCGCUGGAUGCAACUUGGAGCGUUUUAUCCUUUUUCUCGUAAUCACAACUCCGAUGACACAAUCGAACAAGACCCAGUUGCUAUGGGCGAUUUGGUAGUAAAAUCAUCCGUGCGUGCCCUUACGAUACGUUACUGGUUGUUACCGUAUUUAUACACGCUAUUUUUCCGCGCGCAUCAAUUUGGAGAAACUGUGGCGCGUCCAUUGUUUUUCGAAUACACCAACGAUCCUGCUACAUAUGGUAUUGAUACUCAGUUCCUAUGGGGUAAUUCACUGAUGAUAAUUCCUGUUCUAGACGAAGGCAAAACAGAAGUAACAGCUUACUUACCACGUGGACUAUGGUAUGAUUUCUAUACUAAAAAAAAUGUAUUCGCGUUGGGUAAGAAUUAUACAUUAAAUGCGCCGCUUGAUACUAUACCUUUGAUGAUUUGUGGAGGAUCGAUACUAGCAAUACAAAAACCAGGCAAUACCACAACAAGCAGUAGGAAAAACAAUUUCGCACUACUGAGUACAUUGGAUGAUAGAAAAAGAGCAAAAGGAGAAUUGUAUUGGGAUGAUGGUGAAAGUUCAGAUUCAUUCGAGAAAGGACAAUUUAUCUGGUCAUUAUUCCUUAUCGAAAAUGAUACUUUAUCCAGUUCCAAAGUAAAAAAAGGUACUUUUGAUGAACGAAUUAUUUUGGAUGAAAUACAAAUUUGGGGAAUAGCUGACGUUUCACAAGUCGUCCUGAAUAAUCGUCAACAACGAUUCGAGUAUGACUAUGCAACAGAUUAUCUGAAAGUGAACGGCUUGGAAUUAGACUUGAGAGAAGAUUUCUUGCUUUCAUGGACAUACGUUGACUCUGAAUUAGAAGAUAACAGUGAUAAGAAGUAAAUAGGCUGUAACUUUUACCUGACUAUAGGUAAGAUUGUAUAUAUACGAAUGUUAUUCUGAUAUAUAAAAUAAGUCUCGAACGUUU